GGUUGUGUAAACGCAGUAGGAAUUUAAUCUACUGGUGACCUUCCUUGUGUCAGUUCUGAUGACACACAGGUUAGGUUUUGGGAUUGGGAGACUAAAAAGAGAAAGUUUCAGUAUCCCUUCGGUCACUCGGAUAAUAUAUUUUCAGGAACCCGGAUCAUUGCCAUUUACUUAGCUUAUGGAGUAGGCAGGUCAGGCUUGGGCCAGCUCUUGGAAAAAAUGGUCAAGUUUGAUACAAAAAGAGUUUUGGGGAAGGCACCGAGGCGUGUAUUUUACAAGCUUGCUGUGGAGCAGGGAAGUCCCCAUGCAGGUUCCAAUGAGUAUGCACUUGUCUAUGACAUUAAGGAAAUGCAGAUUGAUGCAUCGAUUAAUUCAGAUACCACACCUGUGGACACCUUUUGCCCUCGGUACCUGAUUGGGACUAAAAAUUUGCAUAUCACAGGAUAGCUUUACUCAAUACUAGUGAAUUGGCUUGUCUCUUAUAAAGAUGAACUUAUUUAUCUAUUUUCAGAAGAACACGGGGAUUGGGAUCCAAAGCCCACUUUAUCCUUACCUUCUGAAGACUUUACAAAAAACUUGAAGAGCCACAAGGUUUACUUGGGCCAUAGAAAUGCAAGGGACUGGUUAAAGAGUAGAGUUUCCUUUUGGCCUAAUGAUGAAUAUGUAUUUGAGUGGUUUGAUUGUGGCCACAUAUUUAUUUGGAGAAAGCCAAAAUCAUGGAGUUCAAAUAGGAAGGGUAGAGAGAACCCUUCACGGAUAAACCUCUAUCCCGAAUUCUUUAUAAUGAAUGUUUUUCUUGCGAAAUGCAGAGGAGACAAAGUUUGCGAAUAUUAG